AGCGGCGACUACCGCAUGGCCGGCCUGUCCUCCGUGAGCGUGGUGCCGUGCGACGGCUGUGCGGCCGCGCUGGCGUGCUUCGAUGCGCUGACUGCGUCGUUCUCCGACUGCGCGUGCAGCUGCCGUGCCGGCGGUGUGGGCGAGGCGUGUCUGCCGUUCGACGUGCCGCCUGCGAGGGCCGGCGGCGGUGGUGGCGAUACUGCGGAGGGCUGCGUGAGUGGCGUGACGCUGACGGAGUCGGUGACGGUUGGCGGCUGGCGUGCGACGGCGUGCUUCGACUCGGUGGUGUUCGGUGGGCCGAUCACUGUGGCGGUGGACCUGCGCUCGAUGGACGCGCUCGCUGACGCGCUGAACGUGACGCUGCGCCACUGCGUGCUUGUUGGCGGCGCGCAGCUGCGGAUUGGCGGCCUCAGCGAGAGCACGGCGCGCCUGAUGCCGCACGUCCUCGUCAACAUGACGAAUGUGACUUCGAUGGAGGGCACGAUUGUGCUGCACGGCGCGAUGCCGCUGCACUCGAGUGUGCUGCUGGCGAACUCAACGCUGCGUGCGACGGUUGGCGGGUCGCAGUACGUGCCGACGACCCCUGGCCAUGCGGGAUUUCGGUACGGCCCCGCGCUUGUCCUGGACGGUGUCCGGCUUCUGUCGACGCGGUUUGUCAUGACGCGGUCGACGCUGGUGUGUGGCGGGGAAUCGUGUGCUGCUAUCCUCGUGGAGCGCGGCCUUGUCGCGUACCUGUCCAGCGUCUUCUACAUGGACAACUGUUUCCUUAUGUCGCGGGCGCACGUGAUGUACGCCCUUGUGUCGGACUUGCUUGUCGGCGACGGCUCCGUGUUCUCCAUACAGAACAGCUCGUGGAGUGCACCGAGCGCUAAACCCCAAGAAGGCGCGUUCGUUUUUAGGGAUGUUGCUGUGGCUGGCGGCAGCGUGCUGCAGAUUGUGUCCAGCACUUUCCGCCUCAGCUUCGCUAUGCUCAUGGCAAACACGCUGACUGUGACUGGCGGCAGCUGGCUGGUGCACCGCGACAACGAGUUCUGCGCCGCCUACGUUGUGUACGUGGCUGCCCACUACGGCAUGGCGUUCCGCGAUCAGAGUGUGUGGUCGAUACUUUACAACAACUUCACGUACGGCUCGUACUCGACCUUUACCUGUAUGACAAGCAACUGGUCACCAUCAUCCGACGCGCGCCCGAUCAUCUACGGCGUGUGCAACGAGGCAAUGGGCUCUCCUGUGACGAAUUACCAAUACGACCUCAACAUUGGAUCACCCGUGACGGUGUUGGACUGCGGUGCGUGCACGGUGGACGCCGUGUGCUUUGCGGCGAGGACGAGCAGCAUCAGCGGCUGCGCGUGUGUGUGCGCUGCUGGCGGCCACGGCGACACUUGUCUGCCGGCUGCGGUUCCGGACGGCCUUGGGCCGCUCCCGCUCCCCGAUGCGGACGACACGGAGGUCCGCUGCGUGCACGGUGGCAGCAUCAGCUCCGUGGACUAUCCUGAUCCCGGUGUGCGUGGUCUGUGCUUCGUCAACGUGACCUUCACCGCCGCGAUUGUGCUGGACCUGCUGCGUUUUGACGCGCCACAGCAGACACUCAACAUCACGCUGCUGCAGUGCGUCCUCGUGGGCCUGUCGAUCAAGGGGAGUGGUGCGCGCGUGCACGUGAGCGUGAAAUCCUCGUUGCUGGAUUCCGGUGCUUUGGAGUUUGCCGGUGAUUUUGGUGCGAGCUCCCAGAUACUGGUGGCGGGCAGUACGCUUGAGACGACGUCGAGCCACGCCGUUGCUUUUUAUUUGCCUUCUCUUGGGGCGAACUCGACGCUGCUGCUGCUUGAAAACAACAUUGAGGGGAAUAUUCACGCAGUUUAUUUUUCCAUUGGUAUUGUUGAUGGUGGCAUGACCAUUGUGAAAGGAAAUGUGUUGAUCGCAACGGAGGAGGAGGACGGUGUGGAGUCGUCCGUUUGCGUUUGCGCUGUUUUGAAAGGCGGCUACUUUGACGUGGAGAACAACACGAUGAGCGCGGUCAAUGGCGUUUAUGUAUUUGGGGAUACCGUCGUGAGCACCGCGGGGCUGUUGAGAGUGGCGGAUUGCGACUUUGUUGGCAGCGCGGAGUUUUUGGAUUCCGCGUUGGUGUAUUUUGGCGGCUAUGUGACUCUCGACGGUGGUGCGCAGUGGCGUGUGGAGGGUAACAACGUGGGCGCAGCCUCAGUAUUAAGUAUAGCACAUGCCCAGCACAAAAUUCAGCUGUCAGACAGCGGCACCACCGUGGUGCUUGCACACAACCGCCAGGUGGACGAUAGUUAUCCCUUUGCUGAUCUGGCCUCGUCAGACGCUAUUGUGGCUUCACCCGCGAAGUUUGUGGUUGGGUGCAACCUGCAGGGCGGUGAGGAGGUGUUGUACGACGGUGUGUUUCCGGGGGGCGUGGUGGUGUUUUGGUGUGGCACGUGCAACGACGACGCGGCGUGCUACAUGCCCGGGACGGAGUCGGUGGACCGCGGCUCGUGCUCGUGCAGCUGCAAGGACGGAUGGUAUGGCGCGUCGUGCCUUCCCUUUGAGGUGCCCGACACGGUUGUGCUGCCCGUGCCGGAUAGAGCCGUCGACGGCGACACGAGCUGCGUGGUGAACCAGACGCUGACGAGCCUCACGCUGAACAUGUGGAAGACGCACCACUGCUACGUGGGUGUGACAUUCAGCGGCGUGGGUGUUGCGUUGACGUUCUACCUCGAAAGUAUGCCGCUGCAUCUCCCCAUCAACAUCACGCUCACCGGGUGCACAUUUCGUGAGGGCGUCUUGCUGCGGUUUGUUGGUGGCGCUGAGUCGGCCGGGUCGUCCGGCGUCCUGAUCCGCGUGAGCCAGGCGGUGAUGCGUUCCUCCGUUGUUGCUUUUGCACUUGCCCUCCCGCAGCACUGCGACAUUGCCGUCACGGAGGUUGACGCGGUGCAGACCUCUGAGGUCCAGUUGGCGGAUACUAUCAGCAACAAGUUUGGCGUAUUGCUGCUGCUAAACGUUGUGUUGAAUGCGUCCUCGCUGUUGGUCAGCAACGUCAAGGCGCAUGCAUCGAGGUAUUGGGGGUUUGGUUUGUACUCUAUUGGGACGCUGUCGCUGGUGGGCGGCGGCUCGCUGUACACGCGGUACUGCAGCUUCAAUGGAUACACACACCUGUUUUACUUGAAUAUCCUUGGUGUUUGCGAUCACUCCGUUUUUGCGCUGCUCAACAACACAAUGGCCUCCGGAACAAGCCUGCUUUAUCAGCACGACGGAUUCAGCGUGUCAGGUCACAGCGUGUUGCGCGUGGUGGGGAACAGCGGCUCCGUGUCCUAUGCCAUCUAUUCACUAAACUCGUGGACCGUUGAGCGGUCAAGCUGGUUGGACUGGCGAGACAACGACGUGGGAGUGGGUGCGAUUUUUUACGCAACUGAAUCCACCUUUUUGAUCAUCGACGGCAGCAGUGUGGUGACGCUGACGGGCUGCGAUAUGGGCUCGACGGGGUGGUCGGUCUCCUUGCUAUCGCGGGUUGACGCCGGCUACCGGUUCGUUGCUGGGUGCCUGACGGUCGCGGGACGGGAGUUGACGACGGCGGCAGAACUGGAGCUCCACGGCAUCACCGACGUGACGACGGUUGCAGGGUGCGGUGAGAGCACGAAGGAGGGAGACUGCUUUGCCCCGCUGACGACGGCGGUCGUUGAAUGCAAGUGCCGGUGCGCUGCUGGAGGGCACGGCGAUGUGUGCGUUCCGGCGCCUGUGCCUGCUGGCCCGCCGCCACCGCCCACGCCGCCAGUGCCGCCCACUCCGCCACCUCCGCCGAUUGGUGAGUGCAUCGGCGACAUGGUGUACCCCGAGGUUGCGCAGGCAGUGGGCGGCGGGCUGUCGUGGCUGUGCUACCGCAACGUGACGUUCAGCGGGGGCGGCAUGAUUCUGACGGUGCUGAUAGGGGCGAUGGCGGGCGACGUGGCGAACGUCACGUUCGAUGGAUGCACGUGGAGGGACGGCGCCGUGCUGUUGCUGUUGGGCAACGCGUACGCCGCUGUGGGGUCGCUGCACAUCGUCGUCACCGGCAAUACAUUCAUUGACGCGCUGCUCAGCCCGGAGGGUGUGUUUCCACCGCACACGAACAUCACGAUCAGCGGGAACCGCUUCACGGUCACGAGGCUGAUCCCUCGGUCGGGUUUGGAACUUGGGAGGCCGUCGUGUGUCUCGAUGAAUGGACUGGCGAUCAGCAACGACUCCGCGGUGGUGCUCAGCGGCAAUACUUUUCAGACCGAGAUGGCAUCGUCAUGCGCCAUUCACGUCGUUGGAUCUGCACUGAGCGUGUCGUGGCACUCCGUGUUUGCUGUGGUGGGCAACAAGUUUCAUAUGACUGGCGUUAACGGCACGCUUAUAUAUCUUGAGGGGUCUAUGCAUUCUUCGUCACUGAGUGUACUGAACAACUCUGCCGUGGUGAUCCGAGGCAACGUUGUGACGAGGCCGGUGCAGUGCUUCAUGUUAUUUUUGUGGACCUUUGGUGUGGAGUCUUUUUCGGCGGUUGUUUUUCAGGGCAACGACAUGCAGGGAAGCCUGGCUGUGUUUUAUUCAAGCUACUCCUCGAACAUCUACUACAACUCCUGGCUGCAGUUGAGCGGCAACCUCUGCCGCGUAUCACCAUUGGAUGCGUUUGCUUUUCUUCUUCCCAAAGUGAAUCUUCGCGACUCCACGGUGUCUGUGUCCGGCAACCGAUUUAUGUCCAGCACGGUCGCGCUGAACGUGCUGCGGAUAUCCACCGGGCCCAGCGAUCUCACGAACGGAGCUAUUUUGGCUGCGUGCAACACUGUGAACGGCGAGGAGGGAGUGCAAUACAUUAUUCCGUCCGUGUACAAUGUCACCAUUCUGACGUGCAGCGAUCCAUGCGCCCUCGCGGCUUCGUGCUUCCCUGCGUACACGACGACGGCCUCGAGUGAUGGCUGCGCCUGCAGGUGCGCGGAGGGCGGCCACGGCGAUGCGUGCCUGCCCGUCGCUGUCCCCGAGCCGCCGAGCACCGACGGCGCCGACUUGUGCGUGCGGGACGUGCGUGUGGAUGUGGAGCUGAACGCCGGUCUCGGGACGUCGGUGGCGUGCUUCGUUGGUGUGACCUUUGCGGCGGACUUCGUGGUGGACGUGGAGUCGAUGUCAGGGAGCGUGCGCAACGUGACGCUGGCGAACUGCACGUUUGUGGGCGGAGCGAGCCUGUACGUUGUCGGGUGGCUGUCCGACCCGACUGCUGGCGAGCGCGCCGAUGUGUUGAUCAGCGGGCUUGAGUCGCGCUCCGGCGGCGGCGUGGUGGUGGCGAACCGAUUUCCGCCGGGCUCGCGCGUCACUGUGGUGGACUCGGUGCUGAUCGCAGAGAAGCGCGUUGCGUACUGCGACGCCUACGGCCUUGGCGACGCGUCCGCGUGCCUCGUGGUGCACAACGUGAAUCUGACGGGGAGUGUGCUGACCAUCGCGCGCACGCACGUGGCGGCGGUGUUCCGCGACGCUGUUGGCGUGUUGGUUGUUGGGGGCG